UAUCUCAUACAAAGUCGCGGUCCAAGAGACCCGGAUGUCGCAUACGUCGUCCAGCUACGUCACCACGGCUACGUAACAUCUGUGGACUCCCUAAUGACCCUGAUUUCGAAGACGAUUGACUCACACAUCUUACCUGUGCCUCCGGUGUACCCAAUCCCGGGAGAGAUGAAACGGCAAGAGGCCACGGGUAUGGGAAGGCAAAUAACUCAGCUGAUACCAGGCGUGAUGGCAUCGUCGGUGUACCCCCGCUUAUCGCACGGGGAGAGACUGGUUUUGGUGCGGAAGAUGGCACUCGCAUUCCAAGCUUGCUGGCAGAUCCAGCUGCCAGAACCUCGCCUCAUCGGUGAGCUCACCGCCGCUGAAGUCGGCGGCCAGUUUAUUCUCGGAAUUGGACCUGAUCGACACUAUUGCCUCGGCGGCCCGUUUUCUUUCGUGCGCGAGUACCUCGGAGCGCAUAUCAGAUCCUCGCUUGUCGCCCUCGAAGCGCAGCAGGGCAUUGAAGAAUAUAAGGACCGGUUCCUGGAACAUAUCAGGAACUUUGUCGACACUUGUAUGCACAAGAUUCCCGCCACCGUCGAGGACGUUCCUGUAGUCGCCAUGCCUGCGGACAUGGGCCUCCAUAACAUCAUCGUGUCAAGCCAGGCGCAGACAGAGAUACAGGCGGUUAUUGACUGGGAAUUUGCAGCAAGUGCACCAUAUGCAUCGCUACACCGGAUCAUUGAGUCGUUGUUCCGCAAGCCUGCUGCAAAUGGUUUCGGCCCGGAGUAUGAUGGCGCUGAAGAACUCCGCGAGGCUUUCUGGGGGACUAUCCCCGACUGGAAGCAGUGGAAUCAAAGCGAGUCGACACAGGUGUUUUUGGAGUGGUUUAGAUUCGGCCUGUUCAUGAAGCCCGAAUGGAGGCCCAAAGGCCUCCCCGAGGAUGAAGAACAGGGCGUUUGGCGGGAAAACAUUCGAGUGGUCGAGAGCGUUCUGCACAAAUAUUCGUUGCCACCAGAAGCGUCCAAUCUA